UACACCGUGCUUGAACGUACUGAGGUGAUAUAUUUCUUAUUUAUCCUACGGUCGAAGGCGAGUCAAUCGUAAAAAUGGCCGGGGAAAAGCGUACUCAGGAUCAAGAGGAAACCUUAUUGUCAGAAACAGUGAUCUUAGUUGACAUCGAAGGCACUACGACGAGCAUAAGCUUCGUGAAGGACACACUUUUUCCUUAUGUGCGAGAGAAUUUAAAGAAAUAUAUUGAAACUAAAUGGGAAGAUGAAGAAUUCAAACAAGACUUUGAGAAAUUAAAGGAACAGGCAAAGAAAGAUGAAGAAAAUAAAAUUGAUGGUUUUAUACCAAUUACUGAUAUUAAUACAGAAGAAGAAAGAGAAUCACUUGUAAAAAAUAUAUUAUGGCAAAUGGAUUGUGAUCGAAAAACCAGUGCAUUAAAACAAUUACAAGGGCAUAUGUGGCGUGAAGCUUAUAAUUCUGGAUCAAUUAAAGCACAUGUUUAUGAAGAUGUACCGAAAGCACUAGAAUCAUGGACGAGUGAUGGUAAAAAGGUCUAUGUUUAUUCGAGUGGUAGUGUCGAAGCACAAAAACUUUUAUUUGAACACUCAAUAUAUGGUGACUUACUUAAGCAUUUCAGUGGUUAUUUUGAUACUGAAGUAGGUCCAAAACAAGAAUCAAAUAGUUACAAAAAUAUAUUAAGUAAAAUUGGAGCUGAAUCCUCAGAUGUAAUUUUCUUAACUGAUGUUGUAAAAGAAGCUACUGCUGCAAAAGAAGCUGGUUUAUCAACAGUUAUAGUACUACGUGAAGGCAAUGCUGCUCUUACAGAUGAAGAAAGAGUGGCUUCUACAACUAUUAAGUCAUUUUUAGACUUAACAUUUCAAACUUCUACAAAACGACAAAAAUUGGAAGCUAUAGAAGUUCAAAAAGAUACAAACAAAUCCACAUCUGAUAUUAAUGAACCAAUGGAUACUUCUGAAGAUGUUGAAAUGUCUGAUAUUAAUAAUCAAGAAAAGAAGAUUGAUAAAGUAGAUGUAAAAGAAGUUAUCCAAGAAGAAGUAAAAGAAUGUGCUAAAGAUCAGCUACCAAAAGAAGCACAAACUUCAGAUGUGAAAAUGGAAGAGCCUAUGGUUACUGAUAUAAAAGAUGCAGUAAACGCUGAAAAACUAAUGGAAAAUAAAUCUGAAAAAAUAGAACUUCAGCCAUCUGAGGUGAGUACAAAAUUAGACACUUCUGAAAAUGUGCAAGUUACUAUGACCGGUAGCACUGAAUCAACGAUAAAAUCUUCGAAAGAUGAUAUUGACAAAUCUGCUGUUUCUGAAAAAAUAGAAAAAUCUAUAACUGAAAAAACUAUAGAGUCUAUAUCAGAAACUCUUACUGCCAAUGAUACCUUGAAUGUUGGGACAAGUGAGUCUAAAUCAAAGUCUGAUCAAGUUUCUAUUAUAGAGAAUAAGACUGAAGAAUUUUCAAACAUUGAUAAAGAAAUAAAAUCUGAUGAUAUAAAAAUAUCAGAUGUAAAAACUAUUGAAAACGUAUCACAAGAAAAGAAUAUUAGUAGUAUAAACGAAAAAUCAGAAGAAUGUUCUAAUAAAUCACAAAAAGAAAUGAAAGAGGAGUCCACUGAAAAAAUUGUAAUUAAUUCUAGUAUAAUAGAAACUCAAACAUCAGAAAAUGAUGCAUCUUCGAUAAAAUCUGCACAAGAACCGACAAAAACAGAAGAAAAACCUGCAGAAAAUGGUGAUGUUCCAUUAACAAAUGUAGAAAAAAUUAUUGCACCAACGAUAACAGAAUUAGAAGCUACUAGUAGCAAAAUAGAUACAAAUACUGAAAUAAAAAAUACUACAGAAACAGUUAAAGAAAUAAAAUCUGAAAAAGAAACAGAAUUGACUAAUGUAAAAUCUUCUAAAACAAAAGAAAUAGAAGAAACAUCAAUAUCUAAAAUUGAUGCAGAAAAACAAGUAAGUGUAGAAAUAUCAAAACAGGAAUUAACAGAGAAACCAACAAAAGAAGAAACUGUAGCGGAUGAAAUAAAAGAAACAAAUACAGUGGAUUCCGAAAAGAAAAAAUUAAAUAGUACAACACAAAACGGAGAUACAGAUGUGCCAGUGUCAGAUGAUAAAUUACAAAGAAAUGGACAAUAUGAAGGGUCAUCGAACGAAAAUAUUAAUUCGUCUACGAGCGAAAGUACAUCUGCGCAAAAUGGUGAACCAGAGAGUUCCUCUGAAGCUAGUGCAGACUCUAUAAAAGUCAAAAAAGUCGUUGAUUCUGCUGUAGCUGAUGGUGCCGGCGAACCUGACGUUGUUCCCCCUGUAGUUGUAGCUGCGACGUCUUAAUCUUGUUCUUAUACAUUUUAAGAAGUCCUUCAUACAUAACCCCAACCCACAAUACUUAUCCGCAGAUAUAAACUGAAAAGUUGGCUCCCUACACCUUACAUAAAUCGUACGACGUUAAAGAUGUAAUACGUUAAUUUAAGAUACAGUUCAUAAGAUUUCUAUUUCUUCGACAAAUGUGAAGGGAAAUGAUAGUAAUGACAUAUACAGCGUGUCUCAGAUUCGAUUAUCUUUUACAUGUCACAGUUUGAUAUAUAUAUAUAUAUAUAUAUAUAUAUAUAUACACACAUACAUAUAUAUAUAUAUCUCAUAUUUGUCGAUUAUGCUUAAUAGAAAAUUUAAGAAAGAUCAUAAACACUCAGUUCCUAUACUUCCUACUUUACAUUGCUUAAUUUAUUUUAUUAUACUUUAUCUACAUUUUUUAGUUUGUUUAUACAAAUGUAUUUUUUAUAAUUGACAUACAUUUAUAAUUCAAAUUGACUCGAGGAUAAUCGAAAAUGUCAUUCGCUGUAGUCAAUAAGUAUUUUUAAUUUUUCUUUUUUUAUUACAUUUUAUAAUGUGUAUUAAGAUUUUUCUUUUAUAUUGUCUAAACGGAAUGUUAUACUAUGAAAAUUUAUAGAAUAGCAAAUUCAUCAUAGUUGGAGUAUGCUAAAAUACUGAAUGUACUUUGUGCCAAAUGAAUUAAUUCGUCAGUUUGAAGAUUUUUAUGAUUAUAUAUAGAAUAUUAAUAUAUUCAUAAGAUAUUUUUGGAAAAUUAAUUUUAAAAGCUAAACAAACACAGAAGUAUACAAAAAUGUCGCUUGAAUUAUAUCAAAUUAUAAGGAAUUUAAGUUUAUGUUAGAUAAAAUAAGCUCGAUCUAUCUUUGUCACAUUACUAUCUUAUUCUAUUUUAUUUCAUCUAACAUAAAUUUAAAUUUUUUAUAACUUGAUAAAUAAAUCAACUAACAUUUUUAUAUUUUUGUUUUUGUUUCUGUAUCAGAAUUGAUCCUCCAAAAAUGUCAUAUGGAUAUAUUAGCAUUCUAAGUUUAAAGAUCUGAUCAUAUUUUAGUUUCUUACAACAAUCAGGGAACUUUAACUAUAUAUUUUAAGACUGAAUUGGUAAUGCCUCCAAAAGUCGCUGGCUUUAGAUUAACGAUAUGAUUUUUUGCAUACUCUUGAGUACUUAAAUUGUUAAUAACACAGUGAUCUUGGAAUCAUAAAUCCAAACUUAUUAUCGAACAACUGUGUUUUACAAUGAAUUUUAUUUGACUAUAUUAGAUAUAUUUUUCACAUUUCAAAGAAUGCUGUGCGACUUAUUGUAAUGUGUCUGACAUUAUAUUCCUAUUUUCUUUUUCUUUUCGACAUUUUUUUAUUGAAAUGUAUAUUUCUAAUUUAGAACAUUUUGAAUAAUGUUGGCCUAUAUGCAUUA